UGGACGGUGGGACGCACGGCUCGGACCGUGCGACCGGCCACUCCGGCGACCUCAGUGACCUAGGGAGGUCUACACUUCUACAGUGACUUGGUGACCUUCGAGACCUUGGUGACCCCUGAGGUCCAAGGAGGAAGAAGACCUGCAGCCUGGUUGAGUCGAAGUGCCUUGAAGACCUGGAGAACACGUUGAUCUGAAGAGCUCGGUGGCCUAAGGAUCCAGGGUGACCUCAAGAUUGAAGAUACAUCGUUGUCGUGAAGUCCCGUCGAGCUUGGUUGCCCAGGAUAGCCUCAGGAUACCUGAGGAGCUAAGCAUCUUUUCUUCUGGCAAACGUAGCUUGAUAUCCCAGGUGAUUGAGACACCUUGACGGCCCAGAAGAGCGCUUUGAACAAAGACGUCGGGUGAGCUCGAUGUCUUUGAUGGACGAGGACUGUGGCUCCCGAAAGGAAAGACCAGCGGGAAAGAAGAUACAGGAGCGUAGCGUUGGUGGCCAUCUAUGAAAGCGAGGGUCUGUACGAGAUCUUUUCAAAAUAUUCUCCUCGGAAGUGGUUACAAGAGAAGCGUACCCGGAGGAUCCAUUCAAAGAUAUAUCCUAGCGGAAGCGCCAGAAGGAUCGCUGGAAUAAAUAAUUUAACUUCGCAUUUGGAAAUUUCACCUUUCCAUUUGAAAGGGAAAGCAAACCUCGAACACAAACCUUCGUUGUGUGGGCCUCAACUCAGCCAUCUCUCAUCAGCUCGACUUGGUUCACAUACUCCACCACCAUCAUGACGCAGAGACGAGCGUCGCGUCUGUCCGAGCACUUCCCGACAGGAUGCGAACUAGCCGUCCCGACAUCCCUCCCCAAGCCGGCACCUUCCGGUGGCAUCCGGGCCCUUCUCCUUCGAUCCUCCGGCUACAGUCUCUACGUCUUAGCACUGUUGGCGUUCACAAACUUGCUGAACCAGCUGGAUCGGUACAUGCUGGCCGUUGUGGCGAGGUCUUCGGCUCAGGAGAUCCACUUCGGAGACCAGGGGUGUCUUCUGAAUGAUACGGUACCGUCUACCUUGGAGGAGACAGACUGCUCAAACUGUACCGACAGAACGACAUGUAUCUCAUUGGUGGAUGCUGGCAACUCAGCAGGCUGCAAAUGGGACUACACCGGCACCGGAACCGAAUACGACCUGCUGGCUGGACCCAUCUUCGUGUUGGUGUUUACCAUAGCGGGAGUGCCACUGGGAAUAGCUGCUGAUCUGUACAACCGAAAGUUGCUACUCUGCGGCUGUCUGUUCGUCUGGUCCACCUGUGUGGUCCUGACGGGCCUGGCUGAGCAGUACUGGCAGCUGGCCGCGCUGAGGUUCGGAGUCGGGUUCGGCGAGGCCGGCUGCACGCCGUUCGCCACCUCGCUGCUGGCCGACUACUUCAGUCCCGAGCUGCGAGGCACAGCGCUCGGCGUCUACAACUGGGGCAUCUACUUCGGGUACUCGCUGUCGUACGCCGUUGGCGACUUCAUCACAGAGGCAGAUAUUAUGGGAAUGGGUUGGCGAUGGGCGUACUUCCUCUCUGGCAGUCCUGGGAUCUUGCUCAGCUUCCUCAUGCUUUUCACACUUCGCGAACCACCUCUAACCGAUCUACCUCCGCCCUCAGACUCCUCAACAUCCCAGGACUCCCUCUUUGGGAGACUUCCUCAUCUUCUUCGCAUGUUCUUCCGUCCAUCCAUCCUCCUCCUUUCCCUGGCCGGAGCGAUACGAAACGCAGCCGGCUACGUCUGGUCCUACAGUGCCGAGACAUACUUCGAGAGCACCGGACAAACCCCGGCCCAGAUCGGCACCUACAUGUCGUGGAUACCGAUGGUGUCCGGUUCGGUGGGAGUGCUGGUCGGCGGGUUCGUCUCAGACCGCGUGGUGAGCCGCGUUGGGCCGCACGGUCGCGUCUGGGUCAUCGUGGCCUCGCAGCUGCUGGCGGCGCCGUUCGUGUUCUGCGUGCUGUUCCUGGAGCCACCAUGGGCUUACAUCUGCCUCAUACCUACCUACAUCAUCGGUGAGGUAUGGGUCCCCAUCACGCUCGUCGUUCUGGUGGAGCUGGUCCCGGCCGAGGUCCGCACCUCUGCUGUCGCCCUGUACUUCUUCAUUACGACUAACAUCGGCGGUAACAUGCCGCUACUGCUGAACCCGGUGAAGCAGGCAUUCAAGAACGCCGGAUACACGGAGGUCGAGGCUCUCAGAAAUACUCUGUACCUGUUUUUCCCCGGAGAGUACAUCCUGGGAGCUAUCGUCUACGUCCUGGCGCUACUAGCACUACGGAGAGACCUUCGGAAGGCUCAAACGGAGCAAACUCCCUCCAAACGGUCAUCGCUGGACGGCAAGGGAGAGACAAACCUCGCGUUUGACAGCGCGGAGUGAGUCGUGCUUUCAAACAGCGACUUCCGGGAGGGAGCGAGUAUCGUGAAUUGUGAUGUGACAAUACAAGUUUCCAAUCUGUAAA